UAAUAGUCUCCUCUAUAUAAGAAAGUAUACCUAUAGGUUCCAGCCAGGGAUAAAGGAUCAUCGAUGACAACUAUUACCGAAGUUUCACGCAAUCAUUGAAACUUCCGUAAAGACACGGUUCUCUGAAAAUCAAAGAUACUUAAUAAAUGGAAAAUCCAUCGAAUCGACGAGCAUAGCACGUUAAGCGCGAACGAAAUCUACUUCCGUUCGUCUCGGUCUGACCACUUCCGCCAUUUUCUUUUUCUUCCCGCCUGUGACCUCCGGAGUCAAAUGUUCGUCAGCGAAAUUCGAAAGUAGCCGACUGGUAAACGGAGAGAAGAAGCUUGUACCUUAUCGCCGUCGCUUCGGAAUGGCAACGCGUUCCCACGCGAAUAAAGGCAACGUCACAACGGAAUAACCGAAAUCACGCGUGGCGUCCUUGAUCCGACCGUUACGACAUCCUCCCUAAAAUCGGCUUCGUCAACGCACAGCGCCGUCAGAAGAAUCUCGAUCGAACGGCUCGCGAUCGCUUCGGGCCGCAGUGCCGUUCGUUUUAUUUAUAAACGAAGACGACCGCCAAGUGAUCGGCGAGCGUCGCCGGCGUGGUCGAGUCCGACGAAUUUCCCAUGAUCCCUGUCUCGCGUCCGGGACUCCCGUUGUCUCGCCGGGAAACAUAAUCCUAACCAAGUCCGUUCUACGACGUUCGAAAGUAAUCCGCGUGGAGCGAAACUGCUGAAAAAUAAACGCAAGAGGGCCAAUACUCGAACGCGAAACAGUUCCCGAGCGACGAGACGAGACGAGACGAGACGAGGCGACGUGAGGCGAGGCGAGGCGAAGCGAGGCGAGAUCCAGUCGGCGUAUACGGGGUGACUCAAAACGGUGUGAACGGGGCACGGUACUGUUUACCGAGGAUCCGAGACAGAGCCAGCGAAAUAAUCUAGUUAACAGGCAGCAACAGGCGCACGGAUGGGAAAUUAAUAACUGGCGAUCGCACUGCUCGCGCUUGUUGCCCGCUCGGUUGGGGGAAAAAGGACGCACACGCACCGCCACCGAAAAACGAGUGACAACUUGCCUCCUGUAAACACGUACUUACCUGUCCGAGCCGAAGUCGUAGCCGCUCGUUCGUUCGCCGAUUUUCGUUCGCUCGACCCACGGGGAAACGGCGACACUGUCUCGCUCGCUCGCCUGUGCUCUACUCGAGUUUGUUGAUCAACCGACUGUUCAACCACCUAAGAUCGCUGGCUGAUAUAUUCGUCGGCGCGACGAAUUCACGCGAGUCAUUCGCUGGUCAUCGGCGCGGAGCUUGACCAGAGAGAACAGCGGACGACCCGAGGACAGGGCCGAUAAAAAAAGUCAUCGUUGCUCAACGUUAUCUGUUCGAUAGUCCGUCGAGCGCAGGGAAGAGAGGUUAGGAUACCAGACGUUGACUCGACAGUUUUCUUCGGGCCACUAGGGACUUUGCGCGCGGCACGUUGCGAACAGGCGAGCGGAACACCGAGUUGAACAGCUGAUGCUCCGUCGACACCGGCGAAAUGUCAAAGUCCAAGCAAAUCACUCUGCGUGUGCAGACCUCAGAGGGAACAAAACGCAUAGAUGUAGAUCCAUCUAAUACCAUUUCCAGAUUGUUUGAAAAGAUCUUCGAGGCCUUUGAACUAAGGAGUUUUGGUUUCGCGCUGUACAGGCAACGAGAUCAUAAAGAUGAAAUCAUAUCUUCCUUGAACAGAACAGUGUCCGGAAUAGGUCUUUCCCAUGGAGAUAUGUUGUACUUGGUUCCCUACAAUGGUACACAAAUAUGGAACACUCCAUCGACUAGCAGUGCCUGUGACACUCCAUCUCAAGAUGCAGGACCAAUGGACGUAGUUGGAUCCAAAAAUCGUAACACCAAUGCUUCCAAAUCCGUACCAAACAUUGUUGAAGACGAAAUUGAUGAGCAACUGUGGAAACUCGAUGGGAAAAUACAAAGAAAACGGGAUGAGAAGCUAUGCAGACAUGGUGGGAACGGAUGUUGCGUGCACUGUUCUCCUUUAGAGCCUUUCGAUGAAAUUUACCUUAAGGAACAAAAUAUAAAACACCUGUCUUUCCACUCGUACCUCAGGAAACUCACUGCCGGCGUUGAUAGAGGGAAGUUUAUACAAUUAGACGACAUAAGCUGCCGCAUAAAGACUGGUUGCAAGGACCAUCCUCCUUGGCCGCGAGGCAUUUGUAGUAAAUGCCAGCCGAAUUCCAUCACGCUGAACCGUCAGACGUACCGUCACGUGGACAAUGUUAUGUUCGAGAAUCCAACAUUGGUAGAACGUUUCCUCAAUUACUGGCGUGACACCGGUCUCCAGCGUAUCGGGUACUUGUACGGGAGAUACGAGAAUCACACGGACGUACCAUUAGGGAUCAGAGCAGUCGUCGCAGCUAUUUAUGAGCCUCCGCAAGAAAGCGCAAAAGAUUCUAUACGGCUUUUGCCGGACGACAAGACAGCACUAGUGGACGAGUUGGCUCACAUACUUAACUUAAAAAAGAUUGGCUGGAUAUUCACGGACCUGGUGGCCGACGACGUGAAGAAAGGAACGGUAAAACACGUUCGAAACGUAGAAAGUCAUUUUUUGUCUGCUCAAGAGUGCAUAAUGGCUGGACAUUUCCAAAACCAGUACCCGAACCCUUGUCGUUUCUCUCCUAAUAACUAUUUUGGCUCAAAGUUCGUUACCGUUUGCGUUACCGGGGACGACAAGAAUCAAGUUCACAUGGAGGGCUAUCAGGUGUCGAACCAAUGCAUGGCGUUGGUGCGGGACGGCUGUCUGGUUCCUACGAAAGACGCUCCGGAGUUGGGCUACGUAAUCGAAUCGACCGACAAACAGUACGUUCCGGAUGUCUUCUACAAGGAAAAGGACUCGUACGGAAAUGAAGUCUCCAGGCUAGCGAGACCUUUGCCUGUAGAGUAUUUAUUGGUAGACAUACCUGCAUCCACACCGCUCACUCCUCAAUACACUUUUCAUGUUAGCAACAAUGUCACUCCGUUUCCAAUUGAGAAUAGGCUCGUCGAUGGACAAGUUCAAGAUUUCCAUUUACUUGGUUCCUAUAUGCAACAGUUCACUCCGGAUCAAUUUCUAGAAGCAACGUCGGACUUUCAUUUAUUACUUUACCUUGCAACCAUGGAGAUAUUUCCAAUGAAGGACCAUAUGUUGCCACUGCUAGAAGCAGUUCGUGAUAAAGACAAAGAAAAAGCAAUAAAGUGGGCACGCUCUGAUCAUUGGACGAGAGUCGAGGAAUUCCUCUCUACCAUGAUGCCUGCGGCUCAUUCGUCUCAAACUUCGUUCAAUAGUAGUUCCAGAAUGCCAUCCUCCUCGUCUGUGGGAACGAGUGGACUUAGAGAUGGUUUAGAGCCACCUGCGAAUCCAACUUCGGAUGAAACGCUUUGGACUUGUUCUUAUUGCACUUAUAUCAAUGCAGUAGAACGUACAAUGUGUGAGAUAUGUGGUUUGCCAAGGUAUACGUAAUAAAUUGUCAAUAUUACAUUGCUUCUGUAUGCAUUUAAGGGUGUUAUCCAUAAGUUGCUACUUUAAUUCUGCAGGAUCUGACGCAUACUCAGUCCUCGCGGAUGUAACAAUUGUUUUCUACGUAUCUUUGGCCUUAUUUAUGAGUGAAUAAAAGAACAAAAAAGUAUAUUUCACUGAAGUGUAUUCUCCAAUUCUCCUCUGCAUUGCAAUCCUGUGCAUUUAUACACAUUUAUUUAUAACCCGUACAGAUAUGCAACAACAAACGAUAUUGUAAAUUAUUACAUUCACAGAAACAAUAAUGUCAAUCCUUUAGAAUAAGAAACUCAAUAUAAAGUAUUUGUAGACAAAGGGAAAUUGUAGUUCUUAAGUUACCGUAAGUCUUAUACUCUGAAGAAACGAAAUGUGUAAAUGAACGAUAAGUUUGAUCAAAGAAAUUAUAAUGUGAUUGUAAUGUUAUGAAAUUAAACAGAUUGGCAGAAAUUUA